AUGUGGGAAAACUGCCCUUUUCACAUCAACAUCCCCAAAGCACCUCCUGAGACAGAUACAUGUCCGUCUGCCAUGCAGGAACUCUCCGUCAAAGCACCUCCUGGGACAGACGGAUGUCCGUCUGUCAUGCAGCAACUCUCCCUCAAAGCACCUCCUGGGACAGAAGGAUGUCCGUCUGCCAUGCAGGAACUCUCCGUCAAAGCACCUCCUGGGACAGACGGAUGUCCGUCUGUCAUGCAGCAACUCUCCCUCAAAGCACCUCCUGGGACAGACGGAUGUCCGUCUGCCAUGCAGGAACUCUCCCUCAGAGCACCGCCUGGGGCAGACGGAUGCCCGUCUGCCAGGCAGCAACUCUCCCUCAGAGCACCGCCUGGGACGGAUGCCCGUCUGCCAUGCAGCAACUCUCCCUCAGAGCACCGCCUGGGGCAGACGGAUGCCCGUCUGCCAUGCAGCAACUCUCCCUCAAAGCACCUCCUGGGGCAGACGGAUGCCCGUCUGCCAUGCAGCAACUCUCCGUCAAAGCACCUCCUGGGGCAGACGGAUGCCCGUCUGCCAUGCAGCAACUCUCCGUCAAAGCACCUCCUGGGACAGACGGAUGCCCGUCUCCCAUGCAGCAACUCUCCGUCAAAGCACCGCCUGAGACAGACGGAUGCCCGUCUCCCAUGCAGGAACCUUCCGUCAAAGCACCGCCUGAGACAGACGGAUGCCCGUCUCCCAUGCAGGAACCUUCCGUCAAAGCACCGCCUGAGACAGACGGAUGCCCAUCUCCCAUGCAGCAACUCUCCGUCAAAGCACCUCCUGGGAGAGACGGAUGUCCGUCUGCCAUGCAGCAACUCUCCGUCAAGGCACCUCCUGGGAGAGACGGAUGUCCGUCUGCCAUGUAGGAACUCUCCGUCAAAGCACCUCCUGGGAGAGACGGAUGUCCGUCUGCCAUGUAGGAACUCUCCGUCAAGGCACCUCCUGGGAGAGACGGAUGUCCGUCUGCCAUGCAGCAACUCUCCGUCAAAGCACCUCCUGGGAGAGACGGAUGUCCGUCUGCCAUGCAGCAACUCUCCGUCAAAGCACCUCCUGGGAGAGACGGAUGUCCGUCUGCCAUGUAGGAACUCUCCGUCAAGGCACCUCCUGGGAGAGACGGAUGCCCAUCUGCCAUGCAGCAACUCUCCGUCAAAGCACCUCCUGAGACAGACGGAUGCCCGUCUGCCAUGCAGCAACUCUCCGUCAAAGCACCUCCUGAGAGAGACGGAUGCCCCUCUGCCAUGUAGGAACUCUCCAUCACAGGACCCCCUGAAACAGAUGGCCAACUAG